AUGUCUUUUUUUUUUACUUUUUGUAUCUUUGGGAGUUCACGGAGGAGAAUGGCUACGGAGGGCGAAAGAUUUACGAACCCUGUUUUCUUUGUUUUGGGGGCUACAGGUAGUGGAAAGUCAUUGGCAGCUGUGAAUGUUGCAAAAGCGCUUCAGCAUCGUUGUGGGUUUGAGCAUGUAGUAAUUGUUAACUGUGAUGUUAUGCAAUUUUACGCGGAUCUCCCAAUUGCGACGAAUAAGAUUUCGUCAUCUGAAAUGGAGGGCAUUCCCCACUGUUUUGUUGGUUUUCUUUCUCCCAGCGGGAUGAAAAUACGAGACCCAACUCUCAUUUACAAGGGGCGUGACAAAGAGGAGACUGUAGCUGUGAAUAGUUUGAAGGAAAAAGAGGUGUAUAAUAUUCAUUCGUACGUACGCGAUGUCGUGGGUUUUAUUGAGUCAUUUUUUCGGGAUCAUUCUUCUGCUGCUGUUAUUGUUUGUGGAGGUACUUGCUACUAUGCUCAGGCGCUCCUGUUUGAUAAUACUUUGACAUUGGAGGAUGAGAAGGACUUAGUGGAUCAUGAGAAGGGGUUAAGUUCUUCUGUCUGUUUAGAGAAAUAUGAGGGAAAAGAUCUCUGGCAAGAGCUGAAUCGAGUGGAUCCUGCCGUUGCUGUUCGCUAUCAUCCGAAUGAUACGAGACGUCUGUGUCGUCUUCUUGAGAUUUAUAAGAAGACGAAUCGUUUGCCCUCGGAAAUUUACUCCACUAGGCCAGAUCCAUGUUUUCGUUUUUGUCCUCAAAAAUGUUUUGUUUUAUGGAUAAAUGUUCCAUAUGAAAAACUGAGGAAAAUAUUAGAAGAAAGAGUCGAUAAAAUGUUGGAACGAGGAAUUCUGAAUGAAUUUGUUGAAUUUGCAGAAAGACAAGUAAAGGAUAGUUUUGAUUUUGCUUUAGCCAAGGCGAUUGGAUUUAAGGAGUUUAUUCCCGCUGUUGAUAUAAUUGACGGUCAAAUUAAGGUGAAAGGAGAAUGUGAGUUGAAAAAUUCUCUUGAUCUUUUGAAGAGUAAUACCAAACGAUAUGCUCGACAACAAGAUCAAUGGAUCAGGAACCGUUUUCUUGGUCGUUUUCGUUCUGUUUUUAAUUCUUUUCAGGGAACGAGGAAUUUUGUGAGUAUUGACGCGUCAAAAAUAUUCUCAGAAUUUAUUGAAACAGUUCAGAAUGCAACGGAGUUCCUGGUAAAACCAGGUUCACAACAGCUUCAGGGAGUAACAUUCCCGUUAAAUCAAAUUAUGGAGCCACAAUCAGAAGUGAAACAAGAGUGGUGUCAGGUUUGUGAGAUGUUUUUCUGUGGAGGGAAACAGAUGAAUAUACAUUUAACUUCGAGACGACAUCGGGGUGCAGCAAAGCACGCCGCUUUGGUGAAGGAACAGGAGGAAAAAUAUGGUCGUUUGAUCUCUUUUAAGAGAAAGAGAUUGUCAUGA